AGGUGGGGGGGGAAACAUGACAGCUGGGGUCAGCAUUUUUGCCUUUUCUGUUGUAUGUUUAUUUAGCGUUUUAGUUAUUUUAUCACGUGUUUACGUCGACUGUCAGCUCACUGAUGCUCAGUUAUGCCACAUGUGUGAAGGAGCUAUACAGAACCACAGCGCUGUGUGGAGGUUCUGCCUAUCAGAAGGCAGGAUUGAGGGUCGGUGCUGUUUACAGGAUGAAGAGGAAAACAUUCUGGGGCUGGAUUUAUCUAAUUGUUCUCUGAAUCAAGUGGAGGAUCUCCAUGUAGCUUCUGCUGCAGUUAUCGUAGACCUCUCAAGCAACCCUAUUUCCAACAUGAGUGAUUUUAUAUUCCAAGGUUUUAAUUAUCUCAGCCAUCUUAUACUGCCCAGAAAACUGGACUGUCCUGGUGGCAACACAUCAUGGGACAGAGUGGACGUUAACCAUGAUACCCGGCUCUGUGAAGGACAGAGGAAUGCCUGCAAUCAAACUGGGCAGAUGUCCUUGGAUUGUCCUGGGAACUCUAUCUGCAUGCCUUAUGGACCAGGAUUCGUUCAGUGCAGCUGUACCCACAACUUCCAUGGAUACAAGUGCCUACGAGAGGGCCAUUUUCCUAUGCUGGAAGUCAUGGCAGUAUUAGGUGGGUCCACAGUUGUUGUUUCAAUCUUACUAUGGAUCACCCAAAGGCGAAAAGUAAAAGGCACUUGAGUUCUUGUGUCAUCUGGGAGCUGGAAGAAAGCUGUAAGAAACACUGAACAAAACACAUUGUGUCAAAGGGAUACAAUGUCUGAAUAGAGAAAUGCAUUCUAUACAGUUCUCUGUAUAGCCACUAAUAUUGGCACUCUUGGUAAUGAGAGCAGAGUAUUUUUCUGAAUGGUUUUAACAAAAGAUCAAAAGGUUAAACAAUAAAGAAUUUUUCACAGCCUUCUUUGCCAAUAUUAG